CUAUAUGAUUAGCAGAAUUUAUUUAUUGAGUUUGUUAACUAAUUAUUACUUAAUAAGAAAGCAAUUUGAAAUAUCGAACUCGGCAACUCAUCUUCCUCGACUGAUUAUUCUGAUUAUUAUUGUUUACGAAUUGAAAACAAAGCCCUUUCCCUGCUUGGGACGGAGCCAAGUCUGAGGGAAUCGUCUCUUCUUCUUCUCUUCAUUGGCGGAGGAGGGACUUUUUCCUUGCUGUAAUCUUCUUUCCUCAGGGGAUUUUGGGUUUUUUUAGAAUAUUUAUUGGUGGGAAUAGCCGGAGACAGCGGCGGCGUUUGCUUCGUAGGGUGAGGUUCGGAGUGAUGGGGGAUGAGAAAUCGGCGAUCGUGAUGACCAGCAGGGAGCCGGACAGAGAGGCAGAUCGAGAGCUUCUCAUCCACGUUGCUGAAUCCGGCGGUGGCGGCGGUAGCCAUGACGACUCUAAACCUUCCUCUUCUUCUUCCUCGCAUCAUCACUCCGGUCGCGAGACAUUCUCCAAAGUUAUUCGGAGCUGGGGUUCAAAAAAGUUCAUGACCGGAUGUGUUAUCCUCUUCCCAAUUGCUAUUACUUUCUAUGUAACAUGGUGGUUUAUUCACUUUGUGGAUGGAUUUUUCUCUCCAAUCUAUGCUCAACUUGGAAUUGAUAUAUUUGGUCUCGGAUUUGUUACGUCCAUAACUUUCAUUUUCGUGGUUGGAGUAUUCAUGUCAUCUUGGUUGGGGGCAUCUGUCUUGAGCCUUGGAGAAUGGUUUAUCAAAAGGAUGCCAUUUGUCCGCCAUAUCUAUAAUGCCUCAAAGCAAAUUGGUGCUGCCAUAUCGCCAGAUCAGAAUACACAGGCCUUCAAGGAAGUAGCCAUUAUAAGACAUCCACGUAUUGGUGAAUAUGCAUUUGGCUUCAUCACUUCCUCUGUUACCCUCCAGAACUAUGCUGGAGAUGAGGAACUCUGCUGUGUUUAUGUCCCUACAAAUCAUCUGUACAUUGGUGAUAUAUUCCUUGUCAGUACUAAGGAUGUGAUCAGACCUAAUCUGUCAGUCAGGGAAGGAAUAGAGAUAGUUGUCUCCGGAGGGAUGUCGAUGCCCCAGAUCCUGUCUACUCUUGAUUCUGACGUCACAGUGGAUAGAAAUAGACUGAGCACGAGCUGAUACUGAAGAAGAAAGCAAGACAGCUUUUUUCUUCUUUCGUUUCCCAUUAUUUUGCAGAUCGAAGUCACCAAGUUGUCACUGGAAAUCAUCCAUCUUCAUGGGAGAUCAUAAGGGACAUGAAAAUCAGCUUUUACUAUUCUUGGCAUCAAAAAGAUUUGGUGGCGAAUGUAACAUUUGUUUGUUGUCCAGAGUGUAGAGUGUGUUAGCAUUUUGGUUGGAAGGUAUAGCAGUAAUGAUUUGACAAAGUAGGCGACGAGGGAGAGAGAGCGAGAGAGAGAGAGAGCUUUUGUUAGGCUUUGGUUUACGGUUUUCACCACUCAGCUUAGGACGAUGGCUUUGGCUUAAAUGUAUCAGACUUGGAAUUUGUACAAUGGUUGAAAUAAAUCCCUAAGCAUUAGACCGACGUCCAUGUUGUUGUGUAUCAAACUCUACAAUUGCACAUCAUCAUUUGGAGUGUGGUGAACUGAAGUCAUAUAUAAGGACAGUGAAGGUUGCCGAGUG